AUGCCCACAAUAGUGGAUGUGGAAUGGGGCAGAGGCAUUGCUGACACUGUUAAUGGCACAGCUUUCAUGCAGAAGAACUUGAGAAAACUGAAGAUCAUUCCAACAGAAACCUUACGGUGUCCAACAGGAAUAAGUGCUGGUCUCCGUGCCAGGGACAUUGAGGCUGAAACUGUGAGCUCCAGGAAGGUUUCAAUUAUUGCAAGUAACACUCAAAUCCUCAGCUGACUGGCCAGACAGAACAUCACUGCUGCUGCAAUCAGCACAGUGCAGAUUAUGAGAAAGCCAAAUGUUUCAGAAGACUUUCAGGCAUCUGUGGCAGUAAUGGCUACAGUGAGUCAGCUCUGUUUGGAUGCCAACAAAACAGGAUUUAUCUACAAUAAUCUUGUCAAUGCCACAACCAGCCUCAUGAAAGCAAUGGAGGUAUUAUCUUUGACUGGUAACAUCUCACAGCCCAAUGCUGCAAUCCAGUCUGCUCCACUGAAAUUAAACUCCUCUGUGAUUCUGGUUUUGGCACAGAGAAAUACAGUGCUGGCAAAAUACCAGCCAACAAAACUAGAAAUACAGGAAAAUGUUCCUGGGCUUAUUGGUGACCUCUGUACUGAAGUUCAGACACUGUUCAACAUUUUAAGUAAUAGUUCAUCAGACAGUGGCAGAGCUGGAUUUGUCCUGUACCAGAAUGACAAAUUCUUCCAGGCCAGGGUUUAUCAGAGUCUCCACUGAUGGAGACAAAAACGAGUCAUCUCUGGCAACAUUGGUGGUGGAGUAGUGAGUAGUGCUGAAAUAGCCUUCAGUCCCAGGGUAAGGAACCCCAGUGCCAGCUUGAUCCAGAGGCUGCCUGGACCUAAAAUCUCUUUUUGGUGUUUUUCACAAGCUUCUCUAAUUUUGUGGUCCAGAAUAAUUCUGUGGAAUCUAAAAAUUCUGGCAGUGGCCAGCAAUAAUCAUAAUUUUACUAAAACAUUCUUGUUUCUAUGUGUAACCAGAAACUUUAAAAAGAAAUUUACCUCAUUUCUGAUACAAUUGGUUUUCUGGGCAUUUCAGAUAAAAUAUAAAUAUACAAAGCCUUUGGAUUCUAUUUCUUAUAUUGGUGUUGGAUUGUCCAUGGCUGGUGUGGUUAUUACCAUUUUGUUUCAAAUACUCACUAGGAAAACUUGACACUUAUCUGUAAAAUGGAUGUUAGUGAGUCUCUGCUUUUCUUUGCUCAUUUUUAAAAUCAGCUUCAUCUCUGGAACUGAAAAUUAAACUUCCAGGAAGUGCAGUGAUGAUACCACCAGAUGCUUCCAGCAAUGCCUCCCUUAUGGUGCCAGUUCCACCUCACUCACCUGUGACAUGAUGGAUCCUCCUGGAGACUCCUGGUGUACAGCUGUGGCUGUCCUGCUGCACUGUUUUGUGUUGGCAGCAUUGCUGUGGUCAGCACUCAGUUCUGCACUGUUGUUGCUCAGAGCCAUGAAGCUGCUGCCUGGACAUUUCCUUGUAACCAGGUCAGUAAUUGGAUGGGGAAUCCCUGCCACAGUAGUUGCAAUAACACUGCAAGUUAUUGCUACUGUCAGAGAAGGAAAAGCUCUAAACUACCAAGGAAGAAUUUUAAGUCCACAUACUAUUACAACACUUGCUAUCCCAGAUUUCAGUGUGUAAAAGCCCAUGUUGUGAUCAUUCCUCUUGCCAAUAGCACUCAUACUCCUCCACAUCUUGAUCUUCAUCAGGAUCAGUAUCUCUAUGGUAUGGAAGAAGAUUAAUUUGUCCACACUUUCAUUUCCUCUACAAGGACUCCAGAUUUAUAUUCUGUUCACUUUCAGAACACCAUUCUUCAAAAAAAAAGUUCCCAAAGUGUUUCUUGUUUUCAAGGUACCACUGUAUCUGCAUUCAAAAACAUAAAAUGUUUCAAAAUCACAGCCUGAAAAACAUUCACAGGAAACUUUCAGAUCAACCCAGACUUUUUCGGACAGUAUUUUCUUGUCUACCUUCCCUAACUGGAACUAGAAACCUGCGAGUAUGUGAAAUACAGUCCUGCAUUGUUCAUGGUUUGUUUCAUGCAGCUCUCACAGGUACCUCGAAUGACAGACACACUUCUUCAGCAGCAGGUCGCUGGAAACAGAACAUAAGCUGAGACCACAAGGAGCCAGGAGCAGGAGCACGUGCUGGCAGGACAGUGUGACUGCAAAUCAGCCAGGCAGCACCAGAGCCUCUCGGUACUCCUUGUAUUCCAUGGUCUUUGCAAGGACCUGAGCUAAGGACAGUUUUAUACUCCAGUACACACAUAUAGAAGUUGAUCUCUUUAUGCUCUUUGAAUAUUCCAGGCCCAUUGGACAUGGCCAAUGCACUGCAGCUCUCCUCUCCCUUUCAUAAGCAAAAAUUCAAUUUAAUUAGAAACCAAAGGGUAUAUAUCAACAAACAGCAGUUAUAAAUACACUGCAAAUUACACAUGAGAGUGUCACAAAUUACAUAUUUCUGAGUGUCUUCACAGAAGUGUUCCAGCACUCCUGGAAAGUCCUCCAUGUUUUAGAAAUCCACGUUCUCUUAUUAGGCAGAAAAUAAGUGUACUGUAGCACUGACAAACCUCUAAGAAGAGCAGUCACAUCAGAAGCAAGGCUGAAGUUCAUCACUACUGCUCCAGAAAAAAGCAGAGAAGGUUAUUAAAAGUUACGUAGGACAGGUAGUUAAUACUUUUUUUUUUUUUUAAUAGGAAGUUCAUGUAUCUGUGGGCAUCCAUUUUUUAUUUGUAAAUCUGAUGUAUAAUGCUUGCUUUUGAAAAUUCCUCCAAUUUCCUCCAGAAAUUUUACUUUAGAAAUUUGUGUGGUUUAGGAAGGAUGAUAUUUGAUUGUGUUGUAGAACAAAGCUAGGCACCGUGAGGAUAACUCCUUGAGGGAUAAUAUUUUCUACUCAUUGAUAUUUUUUCCCUACAAACAAAAGUAUUCUCUAAAGAACAUCCCAUUUAAUUUUGAACCACUUAAAAAAAUAAUAAAAAUAUUGAUUCCAUAUUAAUCCAAAAAACAAGCAAAAAAAAAAACCCAAGAAGAAUUUGAAGUAUGGAAUUGGAAGGGCUGGCUUCUUCUACUAAUUAAGCAUCCUGUCUCUAAGUAUUUCAGGUGUGAAUAAAAUACUGUUAUUGCUGACACUGAACAUGUCUUGCUUAAUAUAAAACAUUUUCAGCACAAAGCCCUCCCCGCCCCCCUUAUAGAUUUUCUUUCAUCUAGGGAAUCCUAAUUUCAGAAAUGGAACAAACUAAAAUGAUCUUUUUCAGGUUAUAUGCUAAAUGAUUACAGGAACAAUAGUUCAGCUCUUAUCUACACGUGGAAUAUAUUUAUCUUCACAAUACAGUGAACUUUGGUAAUGUUUGUGACAUGCGGGCUUUAAGGGUCAUGAAUUUUCUUGUUCUCACUUUGGAAACACUGCUUUGAUAAAGAAAUGGAUUGGAGAAGGAUUGAAUCAUCAGUACAAAGGUAUGCAAUACAAGUGGCAGAAAGUAUAAUGUAUAGAAAUGUCCAGUUUUCCAGAUACUUCCUCUAUUUUUUAAAGUUUUUUUUCAUUGAAAAUAGCCAAAUAUUUUCUAAAUACUUGGUAGCAUUUAGCAAAGAAGCCUCCUGAACUAUGCCCCUCCUCGUCCUUGAAAUGUUUAGAAUUAAAAUCUUGAUUAAAAUCUUAGAUUUGUAUCGUCUUCAUCUUUUCUCACUUCGUUUUCGUUUUCAAAUUCUCACCUCCAUCUCCAACAUGCUUACUGCUGGUUGGACCCUCCUCUAGGCAGGGACAAAGCUCUCUGAAAAGGACAGAUACUACAAAAAUUAAACAACGCCUACAUUUUUUCUUGUCCCAGCAGAAAACACUACUUGGAAGCUUUUCUUGUUAAGAUACUAAAGGAAAAGGUGUCUCUUCAGAGGCAUCUUUAACUGCAGGAAAUAUGUAAGCACAGUUGUGUUUUAGGUAGUUCUGCAUAGGCACCUCUCUCGCAAGCAGAAAUCCCAACUAUCCCCGAGCAAUGCGCGGCCCACUUCCAGUAACCCUGGGAGAGGCACCCUUAGGAAUUCAUUCCUACACCUUCCAUUGACAAAACUCAGGAAAUUAGCUGCGGAUUCAUGUUUUUUUCACUCUUAGGGGGUUAAACUCUGAAUGCAAGACAGGGGAGUGUGAGGGUGUGUGCGGGUAUGAUAGUAAUGAAUGCCUGGAUGUGACCAUUCAAGAGUGAGUGGCUCCUGUGUGGGCGUGUAUAACAAGUCCAACAAGCAAAGUUGAAUUUUACGGCCGCUUUUUGCUCCGAGUACCGCCAGCUGCGAAGGCCAAGGCUCGUUUUUCGAA